AUGACUCGAGUCCACACCCUGGAAUUCGCCGUUGAGUUGUUUCCUGCCUGGGAUGGUGCGACUGUCGCGGGACCCGAUGAUCGGCCGACUCAAUUGACGUGGGAUUUGAUCCGGUCAGCCGGUCAGCACAUGCGAGAACUGGCAGUCUUUCAAAUCAAGGGUUCGCUUGCCAGAAUGAAUCUCCGAGACAUCGUGAAACAAGUCCCUUUCACAUCACUGAAGAAGCUACAGGUGGUGAGAGCUGGAGAGAUUGAGAGUGGCCCGGCAUGUGUGGAGCCCAAGGACUACCAAACGGCCUCCUUUAAGGCACUAGAUAUCUCCGAGACUAGGGCAUCCCCGGACGCGAUUGCCCAGCUAAUCCAAUGGCCCAAAGAGCUGGUCUGUUUCUCCCUGCACCGGUCGCCCAUCGACGGCGCCGAUCUGCCUAUGCUUCAUUCGUGGUUAUCAGGCCACCGGGACACGCUUAGAACGAUAGAGAUAGGUUCCUUUUUCGCCGAAGGCGCAAGCGCAGAGACCUUGUUCAAUGCAGCCGAUUUUCCAAAUCUUGAGACGCUUCUGCUCUCGAGGUGGGUAAUGGGGUCAGUGAAUGGGCACCAAACGCGAAAGUUUCUCCGGUGGUCUCCAGACCAUGCAGACCUGCUCCUGGGACCCAAACUCCACACUUUCACAUGGUCGUUUGAAGAGGAAAUCUUAUAUGGUCUCAAGUGGAGCGGAUUCAAUGAUCAGGAGGAAUCCUGGCUACGAGGACUUAUGAAAGAAGCCGUCGCGCGCAAGUCAGCUCUGAGGAAGAUCCGCGUCGAAUUCUCCCCGCGUAUGGCAAGUGCCGAGCCUAUGGAAUAUCCUUGGGACCGCAUGGACUGUCUACGUGAACAGUUCGAGCCGUACGGAUUGACACUGGAAUAUAACGACCCGCCAUUGACAAAAUCCGAAUGGCAAGCGAUGUUCGAUGGUUCGUUUGACGCGUUUGAUACCCCGAGCGACGAUUCUUGGAUAGAUGAAUGGAACAUAAUGAUACACUAA